UAUUGAUUGAUUUAUUCAAUUUUGGUUAAUUCAUUUUCAUUGUUAACCCGAUUCGGUGUGUUUAAUUGUAUCACAAUUGACUUUCCAUUGGUUUGUUAGUUUAAAACUAAUAAAAAGACUUAAAGAAAGCCUAACUCAAGUCAAGUCACCAUGAUCAAUACAUGGUUUGGCUUGACAAUCAUCUGUUUGUUCAUUAAUUCAAUUAUCGGACAACAAUUAACUAAUGAUUAUUUAAUAAAUUUGGAUGAAUCAACCAACAGUGAUCAAAGUGACUUGAAAAGGACACCAUUUGACAACAAUAAACAGAUCAAUGAGAAGACAGUGAAUAAAGGUGAUUUAUCGCCAUUAAAUGGACAAUCAAAUGCUAAUGUAAUUAAAAAACCAGGAAAUGGACAACUAAUUGGUAAAUUGGAUGACAAAGGAUCAACUGUUAAUGGAACAAGCGAGUCAACCCAUUUAGAGGAAUCAAAGGAUUCAAAGGAUAAAACUGGUGUUUACAAGAGUUUGGAUGAAAUUUUAAACUUGGCUGGACUUGCAAAUGCCGAGUUUUUGGUGCCUUCAAGUGACCCUAAAUCAUUCAUGAUCAAGACUCGAAUCAAGACGAGUGAAACUAGUGAAAAGGAGGAAGAAGAAGAUGAAGAAGAUGAAGAUGAAGAGAAAGGUGAUGAUGAAGAGGAAGAUGAUGAUGAUGAUGAUGAAGAUGAAAAAAAGGAAACGACAGUGAAAAAGACCAAGAAGUCGACAGGCAAGAAAUCUAAAAAAUCGUCUAAAAAAUCGUCCAAAAAGUCAAAGAAAAAAUCCAAGAAGAAAAAGAAGAAGAAAUGUUGCUGUUGUUGAUGAUAAUCAUGGUGAUUUACUUGUAACAUUAACACCUAAUCAAUUCAAUUAAAGUGUCUUAAGAAACAUUU